GGCAUCACGAUCAAUGCAAAUACUUGGACGAGUGCUGGGCAUGCUGUUAAUCAAGUUUAUGAUCUACUUUACAUGAUGGGACGAGAUGAUGUUGCUGUUGGAGUUGGAGGUGAGGGUGGAAUACUAGCAAAUGGUACCAUUCUCCCUAAUGUCGGUGGAUAUCUUCCAAUUAUAGAACAGGGAAUGACAACAGUGGGAGGUUGCAGAUACAGGAGGGCCAUUCCUGUGGGCCUUGGAGGGCGCUUAGACAUCGAUGCCAACUAUGGUAUCAGGAAAGCUUUCCUACCGCAGGGAAGUAGGAAAUACACUCCACUGCAACAAGCAACUUCUCAGGAAGUGUUGAUUGAAAAAAUAUCUGAGGGCCCUAUAACUCUGCUUGUGAUUGGAGCACACACGAACAUUGCAAUUUUCCUAAUGAACAACCCACACCUAAAGAAAAAUGUGGAGCAUAUUUAUAUAAUGGGUGGUGGUGUAAGGUCAAGCAAUCCAACAGGUUGUUGCCCCAAAAAUGCUACAUCUUGUGUGCCUCGCCAGUGUGGUGACCGUGGCAAUAUGUUCACAGAUUAUAAUACAAACCCUUAUGCAGAGUUCAAUAUAUUUUCAGACCCCUUUGCAGCAUACCAGGUCAGACAUUUUAAAUUUAAUAUAUUGUAAAUCCUUACCGUUGUUGUUCUAUAUACUGUUACUCCAUAACUAAUAAAAUACACCUUUAGUUUCAUAACAAUAUUGUUUACUUUCCCUUGAUAUCAACUGCAAUCAACUUGAUACUCUUCUUUAAGGUUCAGAUUUAAGUACAUUGCGAUAAAAAGAAAAAUGGUUUUAUGGAUAGGCCGGUUUAUUUGUGUAUUUUUAAGGAAUUUUUUUUUGGUGUUGCUGUAAU